AUGACGAAUGCAAAACUUCUAGGAGAUUGUUGGAGGAUAGGUGGGAGAGUACUGAUGGAAAAGAAGGAAGAUGACGAGGUUGUGGUGGAGGGUGGGGAGAUACGGCGGUACCUUGAGGAAGUGAUGGAGGAGAAGGCGGGGGAGUUUAGAAGGAAUGCGGCAAGGUGGAGAGUAUAG